AUGCACGAAUCGCUGCGGCUUUCAAAACUGUCGCGGCUUCCGCUACGGCUCAGGGUCCUUGCGGAACGCGCUGUGCGCGAACCGUACACACUGGAGCCACUGGUGAAUCGCCUGGCUGCGAAUCCACACAGGGCGCUCCUCCUCCCCGUUUUCUACGUUAACCUCGCCGUGGACGACAUGCCUGCCCCUCCCGAUGAGGACGUUGUCGAGUCACAGCAAUUCCGCGCACGAGUCGCUCGCGCACUGCUGGCAGUCCAGGCACUCAACGAUAUUGCUCUAGACGUCCCUCCUGGUGCCGUGGAUGAUCUAUGGCCACGCUACUGGGCGUGGGUGCAGUUUCUCGACGUAUACAACCGUCAUUGGCGCAUUCCACCAGUCGAGCACCCCGCAGGCUUGAGCAGCGAUUGGCUUGUCCUGAUUCAACACUUGGCUGAGAUAUGUCACAAGAUGAAGAAAACCACCAUUUCGGACACGCCGGGGCUCCGGACGAUGCUAACACAAUUGUGGACCCACUUUGUCCGAGCACCAUCAGGGGUGAAGAGAGCGUCGGCGCUCUAUGUCAUUUCGCGGAUCUUCACCCUGCUGUUCAAGUGCAAAGUCGACGCUCAGAUUGUGCUUGCUGAACUCUCCGAAGGGGUGGGAGGGAACCUGGCACUAGCUCGUCUCUGUGUGCAGCACCUGCGGAGCUCGUUUCCGGACGGAAAUCAGCCGGCAUCUGAGCCACGACUAAUAGAGGCGAUUUUCCUGAUCGAUCUCAUCCCCGCCGUCAACCCCUUCAUCCAGCGCGAACUUCACGAACAGGGAAUCGUCACUGCCCUGACAACAACAUGUCUCUCCAUCAGCCAGAUGGAAAACACCAUCGGCGAUGAGGACCAUGGCGAGUCGAUGCUGCUGAACGGCUUCCUAUUUGCGCUUUCGCGAUCCCUCGCAGUGAGGAAUGCCGAGGUAUAUCUUGCGGAGGCCGUCCGAGCAGGCCUUAUGCGGCUCGCCGUUGUGUCCAAGUUCCGAGGAGCGCACGCGGCAGCCCACUACCUCGUGGAUCUAGUGGGGUUUAUCCUCCCCCCAUUCACCAUCUACCCCGCUGUCCUUUCCGCUGCUGACGCCGCCCUGGCGGACGUCUCAAAAGCCUACGCCCACACUCCCCUCGAUCCAGACGCGCGGCUUGCCUUCGAGAAGCUUGACUCGAUCGUUUCAUUCCGGCGUCGCGCGUUGCUUGUGUAUCGGACUAACGCGCAUCCCGCCAUGGCUCAGCAAGCAUGUUCAAAUCCCAGAUGCCAGGUGAUCGCCGAGCGACACCAGCUGAAACGAUGCAGCCUAUGUCGCGCGCAAUUCUACUGCUCCAAGCUGUGCCAAAAAGCCGAUUGGAGGUCCAAUGGACAUCGGCAGACCUGCAGCAGGCUGGCGAAACCUUCUCCAAGCAACGCCCUGGGGCGCCCCCGGGACCGCGCGUUUGUAUCGGCGCUGCUCCUCAAGGACUAUCUCGCGCAGCGGGACAAGAUCGCGCAAGAAAUUCUCCGUGCCUUCCGUAUGAACCCGCACGCGCAGCUGUACGUCAGCUGGUCCUACAACUACGAGGAAUGGCUGUCCACGCUAGACUUCACGCCCCACGCCACCGCCGUAGUCGAAGAUACCACCGACACGGCGUUCCACGGCUUCUACGACACGAGCCCCGCCCUUCGUGCAGCGUACGAGGGGGGCACGGUCGUGCUCCACGUCUUCAAUCCGCGCUUCCCCUCUCACGCCCCGUCCGCCAUGGAUCCGCCACAAUUUCCCUUCCCCGCGCGGUCCAACCAGUAUCUGCUGCUCCUCCGAUCACCGAGUGGGGCGCUGAUGCGGGGCCUGCGGCAACUCGGCGCUCAGCCAGCGCUGGAUUGGACAAUGUGCGAAGAGCAGAUACAGGAACUGCUUAAGGAGGACGGGAUACAGGCUUUUUCGUGUGGGUCAUUUUUCUCGGCUCUGUUGGAGCCUCGCGUUGUGUAG